GAACGAGAACUCAAGGCUGCUGCAGACAGCGUCUUAUCUGAAGUACGGAAGAAACAAGCAGACACAAAGAGAAUGGUGGACAUCCUGCGUGCGUUAGAAAAGCUUCGGAAACUGAGGAAAGAGGCUGCUGGCAGGAAAGGUGUUUGUCCACCCCCCUCAGCAGACGAAGCAUUUGAAAAUCAGGUGGAGAGUCUCAAAACAUUGCUCAAAAAUCGCACAGAGCUGUAUGAAGCUGAGGAGAGAGCAUUAAGAGUUAUGUUGGAGGGAGAACAGGAGGAGGAGAGGAAGAGAGAAAUGGAAAAGAAACAGAAGAAGGAAAGGGAAAAACUAUUACAGCAGAAACUCGAAAUUGAUUCCAAGCUGUUUGGGGAUCCAGAUGAAUUUCCUCUAGCCCAUCUAUUGCAGCCCUUCAGAGAAUAUUACUUACAAGCUGAGCAUUCUGUAGCAGCUCUGAUCCAGAUCAGGCAUGAAUGGGAUCAGUACUUGGUGCCAGCUGAUCACCCUGAAGGAAGCUGCAUCCCUCCAGGAUGGGUUCUUCCGAGUCUCCCCACAAACGACACUUGGGCCAGUGCUGUCAGAUAGUUUAGUAAUAAAUUAUUUUAAUGUUGGAGGAAUGUUUCAUCCUAAUUGCGUGUG